AUGGACGCCACAGUCACACGCAGUUCUUACCAGCCUCCGCAGUUGGACAGGAACAUGUACUACAUCUUCACCGAAAACCACCAUUACGGCAGCAAGGUUUUCCAGGCAGGCAGCAUGUGUUACCUGAAAGAGCAGACGUACCUGCAGCACAUUAGCAGGACGUCCACUCGCUUGUGGAGGUUUGUCAUGGAGCAGGAUGGCUCCGUGGCUACUUUGGACGUGGAAAGCCUGCAGCCGGUGAACGAGAAGAUGGCCGACUUCCUUUUGGCCAUUAGCAACGCUCAGGAACGUUUGAACUGUUUUCUAGACAGGCAAGCUCUAGAGGCUGCCAUGAUGGCCGAAGAAGGCCAGCAGGUCUUGGUCGAUCUGGGAGAUCAGUUUUCCCCCGCUACCGUCCGCUAUAUUGGAAGACUUCACCACAGCCCUUUACCAUCAGGGCUCCACCCAAUUUACUUUGGAGUGGAAUUGCAGGAUGGCGGCGAAGGCCGAGGCUACUGUGCUGGCACCUACCACGGGGCAGAAUACUUCAAGUGUAAACCCAAGUGCGGCCUUUUCCUGCCAUUCAACAAACUGCAGUUUCUGCCGGGGUCAGAGGACAACCAGGUGGAGGCGAAGAGGCAGAAGGCUGAUGGAAUCGUGCCGGUGAAAAUGGGCGACACCGUCGGCUUUUAUUUAGACGACGCCUUCACGCGAGGGAUCGUCCUGGAGGUGUAUCAGAAAGGAAAUGAGUGGCUGGCGAAAGUAUGUCCGGAGGAAGAGGGCUCAGCCGAUGUUUUCCGAGAGAUCCCUCUGGAUUCAGUGGUGAAGGAGGAGCUGCUCUCCUUAGGUAAACUGAUGCAUCGCUUUUCUCUGUUUGAUAUAGACCAGGAUUCUGGGCUCCAGGAAUAUCUCGAGCACAAGAGGAGCGAAAGUACAGAGCAUCCGGAAGACGGGACCGGCUCUCUGGAUGUCAACUCCGUGGUCCAGAUCAACUUAGACAAGGGACGUGCUAUGACGGGGACCAUCCGUUGGAUCGGCUGCCUGCCUAAUGCCCAGCAAAGGAUGGCUGGGAUUGAGUUGGAUGAAGAGAAUAACAGUUUUUCCAACGGAGAGUGGCAAGGUGUGCGUUACUUUACCUGUCCUCCCCGCCGGGCCCUUUUCGUGCGGCUGGAGUCGUGCCAACCAGAUUCGCGCUUCCAGGGGAACAAGUGCCUGUUUCAGGAGCCCUCUGAAUUCAGUGAGGCCGAUAGUCCGUCUGUUCUGAGCAACUCCCCACCGCUGAGGGACGACGUGGCCGUGAAUGUCCUCAAGGGGCGGAUGAGAGGGAUCCAAGGCCACUGUAACUCCUGCUACAUGGACGCCGCCCUCUUCAGCCUCUUCUCCUGCACCUCGGUCUUGGACUCCAUGCUGUAUAAGCCCCCUCUCCCCGCCGAUGGGCGCAUCCAGGAGAUCCUGCGGGACAAGAUCGUUAACCCUCUGAGGCAGAAGGGCUUUGUCGCGGCCAAAAGCGUAAUGGAUCUUCGGUAUCAGCUGACCGAAAAGGGAGAGUCUUCCAGUUUUGCUACUUCGGAGAAAGACCCCGAGGAGUUUCUGAACCUCAUCAUGCAUCGCAUUCUUGGACUGGAGCCACUCUUGAAGCUGCAGUCCGGAAGGCUGAAGGAGCAGGAGUGUUACUGUUACCAGAUCUUCAUGGACAAGCAGGAGAAUUUGGUGGUGCCCAACGUCCAACAGCUGGUGGAGCAUUCCUUCCUCACCUCAGACCUCAAGCUAGUGGAGAUCCCGUCCUGCUUUAUUCUCCAAAUGCCUCGUUUCGGGAAGGAGUACAAAAUGUUCAACAAAAUCAUCCCUUCCUUGGAGCUGGACAUCACUGACCUGCUGCUGGACAGUCCCCGGGAGUGUUUCGUGUGCGGAGAUAUUGCCACCCAGGAGUGCUCGGCCUGCUUCAAAGACAAGAUGUUUGCUGGCACAGGGCUGAAGCAGUUUUGCGACUCGUGCUGCACUCAGGCUCACUCCCAUUACCAGCGAAGAGGCCAUCAGACGACAAGGCUACGCUUCCCCAAGGAAUUCGCUCGGGAUGGGGUGCGGGUACCCCGGGAGAAACUGGAGCUGUUUGCCGUUCUCUGCAUCGAGACCAGCCACUACGUGUCCUUUGUGAAAUACGGGCCGGAGAAAGAGAACUGGAUGUUCUUUGACAGCAUGGCAGACCGACAUGGUGACGAGAACGGCUACAACAUCCCCACGGUCACGCUCUGCCCGGAAGUUGCCAAGUACCUGGAGAUGCCCGUGUCCUCCCUGGCCAUGGAGCAGCCCCGGGACAUGGAAGGCGUGGCCAAGCGCCUCUUCUGCGACGCCUACAUGUACAUGUACCAGAGCAAGAAGAUGGCCCUUUACAAGUGACGCCCACGCCGGAGGCACCC